AGUGUUUUCGUGACUUUUAGUUUUAAUGACAGCUAUCAAUAUUAUCAAAUUAUUUCGGAAAAGGCUUAAUUAAUCGAAGUUUGCAAUUUAGCAAUUAAGAAACAACGCAGUAUAUUUUUUUCAGCUACAUUUAUACGACCGAACUCUUUGAAGGACGAUGUUUUGUGUACGACGACUUCCCUCAGUGUCCACGGUCAAGCGCAUGGGAUCGCGCGUGUAUGCUCAGUUCCACGACCCCCUGGACCACGUGACCGGCAUCGAGAAGAGGGAACUACUGGCCCAUUUGGCCGGAGACUGUGAUCCCUUCCGAAUCUUGGCUCUCAAGAGAGGACCAGGCACCAGAGAGCGUCCGAACCUGGUGCCGAGCGCGUACGUGAACCGAUUGAUGGGCUGCGUGUGCCACCCGGACCAGAUGCACGUGGAGUACAUGUGGCUGCACCAGGGCGUGCCCAAGCGCUGCGGCUGCGGGUACUGGUUCGAGCUCUGUCCAGUUGCACCACUUUGAUUUGCCGUUUCAGCUGAAGUAUCGGAGAAUAUAUUUUUUACAAUACAA